AUGGAGAAGGCUCAAGCAGAUCUCACGGCGCUGAAGAAACAAGGCGACGAGUUGCAGAGGCAGUGUGCGGAUUCUGCGGCUACGCUCAAGUCGAUCAACGAGACGCUGAAGGGGCUGAGCACAUGGGUUCCCCAUGUGGAUUCCACGCUGCAGUUGGAAGGUGCACAACGGGAGAUCGAGCAGUCUGCUGCGGCAGCGUCACCAGGUGCAAUGGACGCAGGACAACCAUCAGGCACACUCAAGGUAGCGAUUCCACACCACACCCCUGGCCGUAAGGACUUCCCACAUACACCAAUUCAAUUUGAUAUAGGAGAUCGUUUUGGAGCAUUUGAUGAGAGUGGGUAUAAUACAUCUCGUGUUGGGAACUACCACAGUCGCCCACCAAAAACAGAUUUCCCCAGGUUUGAUGGAGAGAACCCCAAGUGGUGGAAAAUUGUUUGUGAGAAAUAUUUUGCACUCUAUGCAGUGGAUCACAACACCUGGGCGAGCUUUGCUAGCAUGCAUUUUGUGGGCAAUGCGGCACUAUGGUUGCAAUCAUACGAAGCUGAGCAUGAUGUAGAUGGAUGGGAGGAGUUGUGUGUGGCGGUUCACCUCAAGUUUGGUAAAGACAAACAACAUCGGCUUGGAGCUUGCAGACAAACUGGAACAAUAGAACAGUAUUACAAAAAAUUUGAAGAGCUUAGACACAAGGUUUUGGUGCACAAUAAGCACUAUGAUGAGGCAUACUUUGUAACAAAAUUUAUGAAUGGGCUGCGGAAGGACAUUCAGAGAGCAAUCAAACUGCAUGGUCCGAAAACAGUGGAUGCAGCGCUGACUCUAGCUGAAACACAGGAAGAACUAAAUGAUGAAAUCAAACCUCAGUACACGCAUCGUUACAAGAGUGAUUAUCGUUCAUACAGUAAGACAGGCUUUCCAGGAAAAGGCAUAUUUGGAGCAACUCCUGAAGAACAUAAGAAACAAGAAGAUAAACCUGGGGUAAAACCACCAUGGGACGAGAAACUACAGUUAUUGAAGGCGCAAAGGCGAGCACGGGGUGAAUGCUUUAGGUGCGGUGACAAGUUCCAACCAGGGCACAAGUGCAACAAAACAGUGCCAUUGCAUAUGGUGGAAGAGCUAAUCGACCUGCUGCAUGUCAACAGUUCUGAUAGUGAUCAAGAGGAAAACCAUUCUAGCAGCUCUGAGGACUCGCUCAUGUACAUCUCACAGUGUGCCCUCGCGGGCACAACUCACAACAAGAGUAUCAGAUUGCAGGGGACAUUGCAGGGGAAGCAGGUGUUGAUACUCAUUGACUCAGGAAGCUGUGGCAGCUUCAUUAGUGCUGCCACUGUUGCUCAUCUGAAACUUGCAACACAAGAAGUAGAGCCAGUAACUGUGCAGGUGGCUGACAGUAGAAAGUCUCAAAUCACUACAGCUGUUCGAGAGGCGGCAUGGGAAUGCCGUGGUGCAAAAUUCAAAACAACAUUCCGAGUUUUCAAUAUACCAUGCUAUGAUAUCAUAUUGGGGAUGGAUUGGUUGAACGAGUGUGGAAAAAUGUGGAUCGACUGGCCAAACAAAACAUUGCGUUUCAGAGUACAAGGCAAGAGAGUGACACUGAAAGGAAUCAAAGACAACGUACGCCACUGUGAUGCAAUAUCUGCAGUGGAGAUUCAAAAAUUGAUCAAACAAAAUGCAGUUGCACAGGUCAUUCAUCUGUGUCCAGUGGGCGAAGCAUAUGAAAAUUCCCCAUUACCACCAGAAAUCGAGCAGCUCCUCCAAGGACAUGCAAAUUGCUUUGAUACUCCAAAGGAUUUGCCACCGCAUAGAUCAUUUGAUCACGGUAUCGAGUUGAUGCCAGGUGUACAACCAGUGAAUGUCAAACCUUACCGAUACUCGCCUCAGCAAAAGGACGAAAUCGAGCGGCAGAUAAAGGACAUGAUCCGCCAGGGCAUAAUCAAACCGAGCCAAAGCCCUUUUGCAUCGCCGGUGUUGUUGGUAAGAAAGAAGGACGGCACGUGGCGCUUCUGCGUUGAUUACCGCCAACUGAAUGCCGUUACCGUCAAAGACCGCUACCCCAUGCCAAUCGUCGAUGAACUGCUCGAUGAACUGGCGGGUGCCCAAUUCUUCACAAAAUUGGAUCUGCGCUCCGGAUAUCAUCAAAUCCGGAUGCGCGAUGAGGACGAGAGGAAAACUGCGUUCAAGACGCAUGAAGGGCACUAUGAAUUCCGCGUCAUGCCUUUCGGAUUAACCUCUGCGCCGGCUACCUUCCAAGCGGCGAUGAACACGAUAUUUGCUCACGCGAUUCGCCGCUUCGUGUUGGUCUUUGUGGAUGAUGUGCUUAUCUACAGCAAGAGUGCCGACAGGGUGGCUACAGACCCAGCAAAAAUUUCCGCUGUCCAGCACUGGCCUCAGCCACGAGACGUGAAGCAAGUGCGGGGGUUCUUGGGCCUCGCCGGAUACUAUCGGAAAUUCAUCCGCCACUUCGGGAUAAUUUGCAGACCGCUAACGAACCUGCUGAAGAAGAACGUGCCGUUUGUAUGGUCUCCAGUCGUGGAUGACGCAUUCCAAACACUCAAGCGGGCACUCAUACAAGCCCCAGUGCUAGCGCUACCAGACUUUCAGCAAGAAUUUGUGCUCGAGACGGACGCUUGUGCAACUGGGAUUGGCGCGGUACUGAUGCAACAUGGACAUCCGCUAGCAUUCUUGAGCAGAGCUCUUGGUCCCAAGAACCAGGCCUUGUCCAUAUAUGACAAGGAGUGUCUAGCGAUUCUUCUGGCAAUUGAAAAAUGGAAGUCAUAUCUUCAACACGCUCCAUUUGUGAUUCACACGGACCAGAGAAGUCUGAUCCACCUUGGUGAGCACAAAUUUAACACGAAGAUACAGCAGAAAGCCUUCUUCCGACUCCUUGGGCUACAGUACAAGAUAAUUUACAAGAAAGGCAAAGCAAAUGUGGCAGCGGACGCCUUGUCACGUCGACCAAUGGCUCUCUGUGCUCUUUCAAUGGCAAGACCACGGUGGAUGGAAAUAGUGAUUGAAGGAUACACAAAAGAUGAAAAAUCGAAGCAGCUGUACACAGAACUUAGCUUGCAGGGGUCCAAUGAGCAAGGUUUUUCUCUUGUGGAUGGAGUAAUAAGACACCAGGGAAGAAUUUGGCUGGGUACACACACUGAAGCGAAACAGGCAGUGCUCAUUGCAUUGCACAGCAGCGGUCUGGGUGGCCACUCAGCCCUGGGCAGGUCCCCUUUUGAGGUACUCUAUGGCCGUAAACCUCGUCACUUUGGAUUCCAGCAAGCCGAAGCAACUGGACAUACAGAGUUAGAUGUGUGGCUCAAGGAGCGUGCGGACCUGUUGCCACUAAUUCGUCAUCACCUCGAGCGAGCUCAACGGCGCAUGAAGGCGCAAGCAGACAAGAAGCGACUAGAAAGAUCAUUCCAAGUGGGCGAAUGGGUGUACCUGAAGUUACAGCCAUAUGUGCAAGUGUCAGUGGCGCAACGAGCCUCACAGAAACUGGGAUUUAAAUUCUUUGGACCAUAUGAGAUCCUCAGCAAGGUCGGCAACGUCUCUUACAAGCUGAAGCUGCCCGAGUCUUCCCGCAUCCAUCCCGUCAUCCAUGUGUCCCAACUCAAAAAAGCCAUUCGUCCCCAAGACACUGUAAGUACUGACCUACCAUUGACAUUUGUUGAUGCAUGUUUUGCUGUCCAGCCACUGUCUGUCACCGAUGAGCGCAUCAUCAGAAGGGGGAGCAAGCAAGUACCCCAGGUACGUAUCCAGUGGUCAGGGUUACCGCCAGAGUGCCAAUCCUGGGAGCCCGUGUUCGCGAUCGUCAAUGCUUUCCCGCAAGCACCAGCUUGGGGGCAAGCUGGUUCUCCAGGGAGGGGUAUUGUCACGACCCAGUACCUCUCUGAAGCUGUCAAGGUGAAGCAGAGGACGGACGAGCGGCAAAGGAUACGGGAGGCCCAUCAAGCAGCCCAAGCUACAACCCAAGAGUGGACCAACUAG